AUGAAGUCCCCAGAGACGGAUGCCCCCGAGAGCCUGGUGAUGUCACCACCGCUGUCCCCAUCACCUGCCCUGGGCUGGCCCUGGGGACUGCCCCCCACGCCCCCCCCGGGUACCCGGAAACCCUACAAGUGCACCGAAUGCGGCAAGGCCUUUGGGCAGAGCUCACAUCUGAUGCGGCACCUGGGCACCCACACAGGCGAGAAGCCCUACAAGUGUGGCGCCUGCACCAAGAGCUUCACCCAGAACUCCAACCUCCUGCAGCACCAGCGCACUCACACCGGUGAGAAACCCUACGAGUGCAGUGCCUGCGGCAAACGUUUCGGCUGGAGCUCCAACCUCAGCCAGCACCGCCGUCUCCACAGCGGCCAGAAGCCCUUCCAGUGCGGCCAGUGUGGCAAAUGCUUCGGCGAGAGCGCCCGUCUGCUCGAGCACCAGCGCACGCACACCGGUGAGAAGCCCUACCGCUGUCCCGAUUGCCCCAAGACCUUCAGCCGCGGCUCCCACCCCGCUCGCCACCGCCGCCUCCACACAGCUGAGCGCGGACCUGGUCCAGCCCUGGCGAUGCACCGGGGACUCUAA